CACAAUCGUACUUAUAAUACUUGACUGAUCGACACGACUCUAGCAACACUUUUUUUCCUCAGGUGACCCGUUGAAGACGACCGGAUUCUCUACUUUUAAUUUGUUAUCACUAAGCCAUUCGGAUAUCAUGGAUUUUAUGGAAGGCAUGGAGGAGCGUCUCAGCGAUAUUCGAGGAAUUACGCUGAAAUCUUUGUUGGAAAACCCAAGUUUUUUACAGCCUCCGACAGGCAAUAACAACGAAGACAAUGCAAAGAAAGACAAAGAGGCUGGACUCUUUGGUUUGGAUAUUGGGUCAGAGGAUGUGGCCUCUGCCUUCCUUGGCCCCACCCUGUGGGAGAAGACGCCCUACGAUGACCUCAAGCUUGAGUACAUGGACCUGGAUGAAUUCCUCUCAGAGAAUGGAAUCGCAGUCUCAGAUGGAAAGACCAGCAGCCAGGAACCCCAGGAGAAGGUUGUCUCUGAAGGAGCGUCUCCUGUUUCUAGGGGAGCAUCCCCUGUUUCUGAGACAUCCACCGAUAAGGAGAAUCGUUAUCUCAUGAGCACCCAAUCACCUACCCCAAGUCCUCCACCACCAAUGAGCCCAGACUCAAUCAGCGAAGAAUUGGUUUACUCACCAACCAAUACCAUGAGUCCAGUUCGAGAGCCAAGUCCAGUGCACGUCAACGUCCCUUUUGAGCUCAGCGAAACGGACGUGGCCCUCGCUACGGCACCAGGCCAGGACACCUUUGACCCCACAGAGUGCACCUUUACCGCGGAGGAGCUCAAGCCGCAGCCUAUGAUCAAGAAGUCACGAAAGAUCUACGUGCCCGAUGAGCAGAAGGACGACAAGUACUGGGAGAGACGCAGGAAGAACAAUAUUGCCGCUAAGCGAUCGCGAGAGGCAAGGCGCGUCAAAGAAAACCAAAUUGUUAUCCGGGCAUCCUACUUGGGAAAAGAGAAUAGCGCUCUCAGGGAUGAUGUCUUAGAAUUGAAGAAGGAAAACUCAACGCUCAAGAAGAUUAUUGCCAGCUAUGAAAAGCGUCUCAAAACCGCGAAGAUGGACUAGCCCCUGAUUUCAUCCCAAUAUAAUAUAGUUACAUGGUUAAUGUAAUGUUUUUAAAGACACAUGUCCCCUUUCUCUGUAAUUGUACAUUUUACUUAUAAAUGUCUGGUGACUCAGGUACGACAUUAACAUCCUUCUGCAGAUUUUAGCUGGCAGUCAAGGUGUCCACUCAUUUCUGAUGGAUCAUAUUUCUAAGUACCAUUUUUCUUGAAAAAGAGAAAUAUUGCGUUCAUUUCUGACUCUUGUCAAGAGCUGAUUUACAAAGUCCUUCAUUACUCUUGAUAGUAAUCUACCUAUCUGAUUAUCUAAUUCAAGUGGAUACGUUUUGAAGUUGGAAAUAAUAGAUAUGGCCUCAUUGAGAUACCUGUAGUGAAAGAUAUAUUUGUAUAUGACAAUGUACAAAUUGCACUUGCUAUUUGUGAACAUGUCAACAUGUGAUACACCUAUUGCCCAUUGAUGCAAUGAUAAAUUUAAAAAAAACAAGAAAAAAACAACAUCACUCUCUUUCAGUGUCAAAUUUGGCCAAUACAACUUCACCAUUUCCCCUUAACUAAAGUUACGACAAGAAAUUUGAACAUGGUUAUUCAAUAAAUAACUGUUCACAGUACAUGUAGUUUUUUUUCUCUCCCUCA